CAAAACAGCAGUGUGUUAAAAGAACAGAAGAAUCACACAGCAUGUUUAUGGUGGCGGUGUUAAUCAGAGCAGCACUGUUGGUAGGGUAUCGGGCGUCAGAAGAACACACAGGAGCCUCUCCCCUCCCUCUAAACUCAGCCAGUGGUAAGAGGGGGCUGCAGGGGUUAGUCCUGGUAGAGGCAGUAGAGGCAGUGCCCUCCAAGCUGGCUCUGACUUUAUUAGUGGGAGAGCAAGAUCACAUGGAGUUUCCACCGCUCCAUACAUGGAGCUCCGGGACUGCGUGAAGCAGCAUGGAUUAGUGUGUUCACCGUGUAGAGCACAGACAGCAGGGCUGCUUAGACUGAAAAGGAGACGAGAGAGAGCCACAGAGUAAGGUGCUGCAAUGCUCACCCCCUCGGUGUGACAGAGGUGAAGGCUAAUUGAGAAUCUCUGUGCUUUUUUCAUGCCAAGAUUUGUUUGUGAGGCCGUUUUUGUGAGUUAACCGAAAGGUGCGAAGGAUGUCAGAGAGAUGCAACGUUCUGAGUACCUUGACUGCAGCCCUGUGCUGCUUCUACCAGAAGAGCUCCGUCCUCAGGGCCAAGUUCUCCAGGGACAAGUACAUCAUGGAGGGCCCACCGGAGAAACUACGCAAGGAGCUGGAAGACGAGCUGAAGCUGGGCAGUGAGGAACCACGCAGUCACGCCUGGUACCAUGGUGCUAUCCCCAGACAGGUGGCAGAGAACCUGAUCCAGAGAGAUGGGGACUUCCUGAUCCGGGACUCUCUGUCCAGCCCUGGGAACUACGUCCUGACCUGCCAGUGGAAGAACAGCCCGCAACACUUCAAGAUCAACAAGAAGGUGGUGGCCAUGAACGAGGCUUACUCCCGGGUGCAGUACCUGUUCGAGAAGGAGGGCUUCGACAGCGUGCCUGCCCUGGUGCGUUACUAUGUUGGCAACAGGAAGCCAGUGACGCAGGCAGUGGGGGCCAUCAUCUUCCAGCCCAUCAAUAGGGCCUUGCCCCUGCGCUGCCUAGAGGAGAAGUAUGGCGUGGCCUGUGUCCGUGUGGAGGCUGGCCUGACCCUGCCCGAGAGGAAGAGCCAGACAUCUAAACGCCUGAGCCUCAACAUCAUGAACGGACACACCCAGGACCACAGCCUCGGACGGGGGAACCUGCUUAGGAACAAAGACAAGUGUGGAAGCCAGCCGGCGUGUCUGAACCACGUUCAGGAGAGACGACGGCCCCUCAAAAGCCACCAGUCAGAGAGCUUCCUCCCGCUAGGCUCCAGGCCCCAGCCCCAGCUCAUGGAGCACCAGCCAAGUCCCAAGUCUCCAGUAUUCAGGACGGGUAGUGAGCCGGCACUCAGCCCCACCGUGCCAAGGAGGAUGGACUUUGAGACCCAGGCUGGGGAGGCCAUACGGGGCUCAGACAGCCAGCUCUGCCCCAAGCCACCCCCUAAGCCCAGCAAGGUGCCCUCCAUCAGGAUGCCCCACUCCCCACGUCUGCAGCCCCUGGCUGCCCCAGCCCCAGGUCCCCCUGUACCCCCACUGAAACCCAAGAAGCAGCAUGUGAUCCAGGCUCUCCAGCCUCCGCAGCCCCCCAGCCCAGAAGUGAAUUACUGUGAAUUCAGCCCCUGCAGCCCAGCAGAGUUGGACAGGCUCCAGGCCCCAGCCCCAGGGCCCCAACCCAACAACAACAGCUACGUAGAGAGGCUGAGGACGGAGGAGAGCCAGAGGAGCAGAUUAGACCGCAGCUCCUACCACCACGCCAUCGAAGCCCUGGAGAAUGGCAACAAAGAGGAGGUGGAAGGAGGUGGAAAAGGAGGGAUGGAAGAGAUAGAGGAGACUGUGGAGGAGAAGGAGAGAAGCUUCCGGCGGCCGGUGUUGGAGACUGCGUCUGCGUUCCGGCCGGGGGAGUUUGAGUCGAGGCUGCUGCCUGCAGAGAACAAACCCCUCGAGAUGAGUGUACUGAAGAGAGCCAAAGAGCUGCUGGUCCAUAAAGACCAUCACAUCAUCGCCAAACACAUCCUCAUGGCAGACUGCCAGGUUGCUAGGGUACAUGGCAUCUCUGAGGAGGCGAAAGGUCAAAUGGGUGUGUCCUCUGGUCUGGAGCUGGUGACCUUACCCCACGGCAGGCAGCUGCGGCAAGACUUGAUGGAAAGGCACCACACCAUGGCCAUCGGGGUUGCCGUGGACAUCCUGGGCUGCACAGGAAGUCUGGAGGAGCGGAGCGCCACACUGAACCGUAUCAUCAUGGUGGCUCUAGAACUGAAGGACUCCAUGGGGGACCUGUACGCCUUCUCCUCCAUCAUGAAAGCACUGGACAUGCCUCAGAUCACACGGUUAGACCACACCUGGACCAUGCUGAGGAGGAAGUACACUCAGACUGCCAUCAUAUACGAGAAGUCUCUCAAGCCAUUUUACAAGGGACUGUAUGAAGGAACAGUGGACAUGCCCCUGACUGGCACCACAGUGCCUCUACUGAUGCCACUGCUGAUGCUGAUGGAGCGCCCGGCGGUGGCGUUCGAGGGCAUGGAGCUAUGGGAGAGCAACGACCAGGGCUGUGAAAUCCUGCUACGCCACCUGGAGGAGGCUCGCAGCGUGGCACACAAUGCUGACUCAUACACCGCCAACACUGAACGAGUCCUGCAAGAUUUCCAGGCUGAUGAGGAUCUGUUGGAGAUCUGUAAAACAGACUUCCAGCUGCGUCUGCUGUGGGGCAGCAGAGGGGCGGCUGUCAACCAGACGGAGAGAUACGACAAGUUCACACUCAUCCUGACUGCUCUGUCCAGGAAGCUAGAGCCAGCGGUCAAACACACAGAACUCUGAACAGGACAGUCAGGCUGGUUAAGAGAGAGGAUGAGGAAGAUUGUUACAGAGCGAGACCGCUGUCCUUUCCCAACCUGUCCACUGGAGUGAGUCAGAUCCAUCUGGAACUCAUCCUUGGCAGGACACCGAUCCGAGUGUGCUGAUAUGAAGGGAAGAAUAAUGUGUGGGGGGGGGUUGCCUGGUCCCAGAUCUGUUUGUGCUCUUGCCCACUAUUUGGGGUCGGCAGGUAGCCUAGUGGUUAGAGCGUUGGGCCAGGAACCAAAAGGUUGCUGGAUCGAAUCCCCGAGCUGACAAGGUAAUAAUCUGUCAUUCUGCCCCUGAACAAGGCAGUUAAACCCAUUGUUCCCCGGUAACUAAGAAUUUGUUCUUAACUGUCUUGCCUAGUUAAAUAAAGGUAAUUUUUUAAUAGAUAAAAAAAAUACUCCGUUGCCAUUAUUGUCAAGCCACUAGGUGUCAGGGAGUUGGCACAAUAGCACAAACAGACUGUCACCCAGGUUAGGAGGGGGGCAUUUACACCAUAUAUGGUAGCCCUUUGACCCUGGUCCUUAGUCAUCCUACUGUAUGUUACAGACUGGAACACAGAGGGGACUCAAGAAGUGUUUCUGAAAGUGUUUGUCAGAUGGAAAUGUAUGUAUGAAUGUGUCACUAAAGUAGUGAUUGUUCACCCUUGUUAUAACGGUACAACAAUGACUUUGAAAGGAGAACAUAGAAUGACGAGACAGAAGUAGGAGGAAAACGAUUGGUCGCUAUACAAUAGAGGCAGUUUAACCGUAUAUCUUCAAUACUAUAUACUGUAUGUACAUUAACUAGAUCUUCGACUGUGUUCCAUGUUCCUCAGAUGGUAUGAGUUUAUCUGGAUAAUCCUGAAUGGUGAAUUGUGUACAUAAUACAUAAUCAUGUGAAUGUUAGACUGUAAUAUAUUUCCCUCUUAAAUAUUGACUUGUAAAUAGAGUUGAGUAUAAUUGUAACAUCUUUAUAUGAAUUAUUGUGUCAAGAAAUGAAUAAAUAGAUGAAGAAAUUA